AUGACCAAGAACUCUUCUAGAGCCGACUUGCCUAUGAACACACCCGAUGUCUGCUUCAUUUCAUUUGUAGAUUUUAAUCCUCACAGCAUGGGCGUCCCAAACACUGUGCACCUAAGUUGGACAAUUCUCAUCAUUAUAAACGGCCUUGCUGCCCCACCGACAGUUAUCGUCAACUCCCUCGUCAUUUUGGCUGUAGUGGGGGAUAAAAAUCUUCGAUCUUCUGCCUUCAACGUUUUGCUUGCCUCUUUGGCAGUGACUGAUUUACUUGUAGGAUUGCUGGUCGAUCCAUUGCAUUGUUUAUUACUUGGAUGUUUUAUGUACAAAAGCAUUUGUACUUCGAGUGACUGUAUUUUCAGUGCUUACAUUUUAUCGCUGAUGGUUUGCUUGAGUUUAACAAUGCUUAGUUUCAUGAUCGCUAGUGUCGAGCGGUAUUUAGCCAUUGAAAAACCGAAUUUCUAUCGAAAUAACAUUACAGGAAAACAUGUUAUGAUAAUAACUGUGGUUGUUUGGCUGAUAUGCUUGGGAUAUUUGUUGAUAAGUACAAUUUUCCUGUAUAGAAAACAGCGGAACCUAUUGAAAGUUCAAGGAACUGUAGGCAUGAGUAUUCUUAGUUUGGUCAUCUUCUACUGCUCAUCUAAAGUACAGCUAACAGCUUAUCGUCAGAGUAGAACCAUCGCCCUUCAGCAAGCUUCAGUCCAACAACCAGACGAACAGCAACAACAAGAACGACUCCAGGAAUACAAGCGAGUGUUCACGAUGACCAUGUUAGUGGUUUUGUCGAUUCUCUUUUAUUUUCCUUUCAUUAUAGUCACAGGGAUAGAAGCCGURAAKGGUAAAGAUGUGACAAGUGAUUUUCAAUACAUCUCCAUGCCUAUUUGCUCAACGUUUGUAAAACUCCAGUCUCUCAUCAACCCAAUUAUCAUGUCACUGCGUCUGUCCUACAUUCGCAAAGGCAUCAAAAAGAAGCUUGUCUGUGUUUUUUGCACAAGAGACUGA